AUGAAAACCACAGAAAAGUUCGAGAGGUUCGCAAGCUGUAGAGGUGUAGCAUUUGAAAUAAAGCCUCGUGAAGAUCCAUUUGCUGUCCCUAAACAACCAAUAACUGAAGUUUCCCAAGGUAGCAAAAGAUACUGGCUUAAUAGUUUUAGCAAAAAAAUUGUACCCUCUUCAUCUUUUAUGCAAAGAUCAAUGAGUCGCACUAGUAGCCAUUUUUGUGAUCUAGAAAUAGAUUUGGAUGACUACGAUGAUGAUGAUGUUACUCUAGCUGACAUUGAAGAAGGCUAUUAUGAAAAAGAAGGGUCGUCACCUUUGCAAAUUCAAGUGGGAUCAUCACCAAUGCCAUUUCUUCCUCCGAAAACACUGAGCAAACGCGAAAAGAAAAACCCUAAUUCAUCAAGAUUGUCUGUCAUUCUUCUUGAUCAAGGCUUGUUUACAGUUUACAAGCGAUUGUUCGUGCUCUCUUUCGUUAUGAACAUUACUUGUUUGAUUCUUGCUGCUACUGGGAAUUUCCCAUAUGCAAGAAGAAAAGCUGUUUCCUUUUCCAUCGGGAAUAUUUUUGCUUUAACACUAAGUCGAAGUGAAGCAUGUUUGCGAGUGGUGUUCUGGCUUGCAGUGAAUUGUUUAGGAUGGUCUUGGAUUCCUAUUCGGAUAAAGACUAUGGUAACGUCUUUACUUCAAUCUCUAGGUGGAAUUCACAGCGGUUGUGCAGUUUCUUCAAUUGCAUGGCUCGUUUAUGCCUUAAUCCUGACGUUGAAUGACAGAGAAAACACUUCCACUGAAAUUAUUGGUGUUGCUUUUGCAAUCCUUUCACUUCUCUGCUUAUCUUCAUUGGUUUGGGCUUUCAUAACCUUAACAAUUUCUUAUGAUCCUGAAACAAAAUCUUAUAGCACUGAGAUUGGUUCCAAACUGAUAAAACAACAAGAAUUUUGGUUGACAGUGGCAAUUACAGUGCUAAUAAUCAUUCCAUGGUUAACAGUGAGACGUGUUCCUGUGAAGAUCACAUCUCCAUCUGGACAUGCUUCUAUUAUCAAGUUCGAGGGUGGAAUCAAAGCUGGAAUUUUAGGAAGGAUUAGCCCUUCGCCCUUCUCUGAAUGGCAUGCAUUUGGGAUCAUUUCGGAUGGAAAGAAACAACACAUGAUGUUGGCAGGUGCAGUUGGUGAUUUCACAAAAUCUUUAGUGUCAAAUCCUCCUAGCCAUUUAUGGGUUCGACAAGUUCAUUUUGCAGGCUUGCCUUAUCUAGUAAACAUGUACAACAAGGUCCUGGUGGUGGCCACUGGCUCUGGAAUCUGUGUUUUUCUAUCAUUUCUUUUGCAACCAUGUUCAGAAAUCAAAGAGAUGAUUAGUGGACAUCCGAAUGAGAAAGUGAUUAUACAUGAUACAGCUUUGCUUGGUCGACCAAAUGUAUCAGAAAUGAGUGUUGAGACAGCCAAGAAAUGGGGAGCUGAAGUGGUUAUUGUUACUAGUAAUCCAGAAGGGAGUAGAGAUGUAGUUAAUGCAUGUAAGAAGUCUGGAAUUCCUGCCUUUGGUCCUAUUUGGGAUUCCUGA